AUGGACCCCCGUCCUUUUGGCCCCAUAGAGCCUACCUGUGAAUACGAGUUCCGCAAGCUCGCCAUCGCAAAAUGGGAGGUUUGCUUGGACCUGCUUAUGAAAAUGAUUCAACACCUUGUCCUCAGCAUGCCAAGCAAGAUUCAUAUCCGCUUCCUUGUUGACUCCUUCCACUCAAAGCUGAGAGAGGUUAAUCGCAUGGUUCAAAACAACGACCCGGCCGCCAUGGACGGCUUCCAGUUCUUCCAUGAACGUGUCAACCGCAACUACUCAGUCUUUGCCGCAUAUGGCAACUGCAAGGCUACGGAAGUUGAACAUGAUUUGCGCGCCCUGCGACGUGUGAUGCUGGAGGUUAUGCGUGGUGAGGACUUUCCUUUCCGUGCCUAG